UCCUGCUCCGAAAAGUUGACAUUUAUCGCGAUAGAUCCAAUUUCGUACGUUGUGUAGACGACGGCCUUGUCUUGGAAUGAAACAUAAAUCGCUUUAUCUAUCAAGAGUUAAAUACAUAUUCGUCUGCCACUUUCGGAAAAUAUCAGAUCAAUGGGCUUUCUCUGAAACUGUAGCUAUAAUGGUCCAUGACAAGAGUGAGUAAGCUCAUGGGGAUGAGAAGAGCACAGGUGCAGCAGCAGCGUUCAGGGCUGUGAGCUCAGUGACUCUCUCUGUGGGCUCAGGAUGGCGCAGGGAGGCCCUCAGUUAGACUAUCACAUCCUGCAGGACCUCAAGCAGCGCUUCCCCGAGAUCCCAGAGGGAGUAGUGUCCCAGUGCCUUCUGCAGAACAACAAUAACCUGGAUAUAUGCUGCCACCUGCUAGCUCAGGAGAGUAACAGAUACCUCUAUGGGGAGUACCAAAGUCCGGAUGAGGUCCGUCUGAGCCGGAACCACAUGCUGCACAUCCAGCUAGGGGGCUACCCCCCCUCGGAGGCGGGCAAGGCCAACGGAGGCGGGCGCUCCCUGGUGCACAGCUCCAGUGACGGUCACAUCGAGCCCCAGCGCGUCGGCUUCACGGAGCCCCUCUCGGCCCCUGCCACCAUAGCCCCCUCGCUGGGGUACAACCCCUUCUUCAUGAAUGACCACGGGGGACGCACGGCCAGCACCCCCACUCCGCCUCCCGUGCAGGGUAUGUCCCCUACCUACUCGCCCGUUCCUCGCUACACCAUGAACCCUAUCACUGUCACUCUGUCACAGAACCUGCCCAACGCCCCCCAGGCCCUGCAGAUCCCCGCCGGUCACUAUGGCAACAGUGGUGGUAAUGCCCUCUACAUCCGGCCCUCCCCCUCCCAGAGCCCCCAGCCCUCCCCCUGGCCCUCGUCCGGGCAGCCUGUGUAUCAGCCCUCGCCCUACACCACUCCCACCUACCAGUCCCCCUAUAGCUCGCCCCAGCACCAACAGCAGGUGCAGCCCCAACAGCAGGUGCAGCCCCAACAGCAGGUGCAGCCCCAACAGCAGGUGCAGCCCCAACAGCAGGUGCAGCCCCAACAGCAACCCCAGCACCAGCAGACUCAUGUCUUCCUGCCCAUCAGUCCUCCCACCCUGGCCAGCAUGCCCUACCACCACCACCAGCAUCAACAGCAGCAGCAGCCCAUCUACCGGCCGUACCUGCCCAAGAGCUCCCUGAAGAACCAGAUUGAGAUCACCCUGGAGGGCCCGCGGACCCGCAGCAACUCCCCCGUGCACUGCCCCCCGGGACAGACUCUCUACAUGGCUACCAGCCCCUCGCCCAGCUCACCCCAGCGGGGCCUCAGCCUGAGCGGGGGGAGCUCUGCCGCCUUCCACCCCGGGGUCUACCUGCACCCGUGCCCCGCGCGGCCCCGGCCCACCUCCUCACCCCAGCCAGGCAGCCAGGCGGGCUACACCUUUAAGAUCAAAGUGUCCCCAGGCCAGGCCCAGCAGCAGAGGCCCCUCUCAGGGUCCCCUCCAGUGGCCUCCCCUCCUGAAUCUCUGCUCAACAUGGUGGACCAGGGGGAGCAUCACGCGCUGGCACCGGCACCCAUCCUGCCCAUCUCAGCCCUGCCCGGUAACAUCGUCAGCCACAUCGCCAAUCGCAUGCCGCGCCGCUCCAGCUCGGGCUCCGACGACUACGCUUACACCCAGGCUCUCCUGCUGCACCAGAGGGCCCGGAUGGAGCGUCUGCUGAAGGAGCUGCUGAUGGAGAGGCAGAAGCUGGAGCAGCUGAAGGCAGACGUCAACGACAUGGAGUACGACGCCCUCCAGAGACGCUUCAGGCGAGUCAACAGCAGCAGCCUCAUCCCCCGGCCUGAAGAAAUGACCCGAUUGCGCAGUCUGAACAGACAGCUUCAGAUUGAUGUCGACUGCACCCUGAAGGAGACGGAUCUGCUGCAGUCUAUAGGGAAGUUCGAUCCACAAGCCGAGAACAACUUUUAUAAGAACAUUCAGACCGGUCCGGUGGUACCGCCCAAGCCAGGAAGAAAAGGUGAGAAACGUAAUAUCGUCUGUUUUACCACUGUAAACAUUGGUAGGACUUUCUUGUGGUUGGUACAUCAGUUUUUGGACUUAAAUGAAUUAUAUAUACCAUGUUUCUUGAAUAAUAUAAAUUAUAAAUGCUUCAUGAUCUUUGUUAAACUGUCGUACCCCAUCCAGAAGCCAAAAUAUAAGCUUGUUUUUCUUGUAAACCACGUAAUUGUAAACCAACACUGUACAGCAGGGCUGCCCAACCCUCUUCCCGGGGGUCUACUGUCCUGUAGGUUUUCAGUCCAACCCUAAUUUAGCAGUUUUGAUUCAGCUAGUUAAGGUCUUGUUGAGCAGCUAAUUAGUAGAAUCGGGUUUGUUAAAUUAGGGUUGGACUGAGAACCCACAGGACGGUAGAUCUCCAGGAAAAGGGUUGGGCAGCCCUGCUGUAAGGCCUCAAAACAUGGUUAAAACUAUAAUUUUGGUUUCAUGGAUGGUCAGUCCUUGCAUCUAUAUCUCUUGAGUUUGAGAGUGGUUCCAUUUCUCCAGCCCCGUACCUCAGCUGAUUACCAAAACAGUGGUGGGGUGUCUGCUUUGUUAUUGUUUGAACUGCAGAUUUCCCCUGUGCGGUAUAGCCUAGCGCUUUAUAACUUGUUUUAUGCACGUAUGAGCCUUUUAUAAUGCCUUGUAUUACAUUUUACAGAAUAUUGCUUGUUUUAGUUUUUUCCUCAAAUUUUCUCUGAUCACUCCCCUUCAGCAGACCAAAUGUGGUGAAUGAUCGCGUGACCAUGGCUUUUGUUGAUUUACUUUUGUGUUGCAGAGACUCCCUGUGUGGACAUUCUCCAAAUGUUUUUGAAAGCAUUUCCUUCUCAGAAAGGUCUUUAAAAUGGUGCUGUGUAUUUGUAUGAUUGGUGUGUGUGUGGUGUAAUGACCUUAAUUUAAUUUUGUGCUUGAUAUUGUAAUUUUGGGUUAACUUGCCUUAUUCACCACAAAAUAGUCUCACCCUCAUUGGUGAUAUACGACAGCCAUUUUGCACCAGAAGGGUCACCACCACACACCAGCUAUAGCAGUGGAAAGGGUGUGGCAAUUUGAUCCUGUAUGUGACAGUAGUAGGAUAAAGGAGCAGGUUAUGAAUUUAGCCAUGACACCAGUGUGGACAGCACCCCUGCGCUUGCCAUGAAUGCCUAUGGGAUCUUUGCUGAACACAGUUAGGCCCUCUGUUAACAUCCCAUUGGAAGGACUUUUUCCCCCUGUUAUGUUUGGUAGUGUGUUGAUGAACCGGACACGCCAGUUUUGCAGAGGGCGAGACCCGCCCAUUCAUUUGGAUGAAACCAGUGGGUAAGCAGCGCGGUUUCGUGCGAGGCUUGCGCUGCUCAGAGUAAAAUUGCACUGGUUCAAUUUCAUUGCGCGGCUCAUGUGGCUUGCUGUCUACUCCUGCCGGCAAAAAGCGGUGUAGCGGCUAAAAAACCUACUGUUUUCCCGACGCCCAAUGUUUAGCUUGUAGUAUCUGCUGUGUUUGUUAGUGCGAUACUAAGUAGAGCUGAGAAUUGCCAAGGACCUCACAAGACAAUAUUAUCACCAUACUUAGGCGCCGAUACGAUAUGCAUUACGAUUGUCACGAUUCUAUAUGUAUUGUGAUUUUUAUAUUGCAAUUUGAUGUUCUAAACAUAUUGCUGAGAGAACAAGUUUUGGUCAGUUAGGGAAAUAAAUGUGCUGAAAACAUGUUGCCUCACGAUUGAGAACAAGCUAUAGGAUGAAAAAUCCAGGAGUUUUGGCGCAGGAACAGCUGAUUAGCGCUAGUUAUAUAUAUUUUUAAAAAAUAUAUAUAUAUAUACUUGGAGUCGAAUAUCUAAAUAUUAUCGUCCCAAAAUAAUAUUGCGGUAUGUACAGUGAAAAAAUGUUUACCGCAACGUGUAAAGUGUUGGUCCCAUGUUUCACGUGAAAUAAAAUAUCUGCCAUUUUCCAUAUGCUGGAAAAGUGUAUUUCUCUCAAAUGUUUUUACUUCCCUGUUAGGGAGCAUUUCCACUUCGCCAAGAUAAUCCAUCAACCUGAUUGGUGUGGCAUAUCAAGAAGCAUGAUCAUUACAGUAGUGCACCUUGUUCAGGGGACAAUAAAAGGCCACUCUAAAAUGUGCACUUUUGUCACACAACACAAUGCCACAGAUGUCUCAAGUUUUGAGGGAGUGUGCAAUUGGCAUGCUGACUGCAGGAAUGUCCACCAGAGCUGUUGCUAGAGAAUUCAAUGUUAAUUUCUCUACCAUAAGCCGCCUCUAAUGUCGUUUUAGAGAAUUUGGCUGUAUGUCCAACCCGCAAACCAUGUGUAUGGUGUCGUGUGGGAGAGUGGUUUGCUGAUGAACCGAGUGCCCCAUGGUGGCGGUGGGGUUAUGGUAUGGGCAGGCAUAAGCUACGAACAACGAACACCAAUUGCAUUUUAUCGAUGGCAAUUUGAAUGCACAGAAAUACCAUGAUGAAAUCCUGAGGUCCGUUGUGAGGCCCAUUUCUUUUAAGGUAUCUGUAACCAAAAGAUUCAUAUCCGUAUUCCCAGUCAUGUGAAAUCAUAGAUUAGGGCCUAAUGAAUUUAUUUAAAUUGACUGAUUUAUGAACUGUAACUCAGUAAAAUCUUUGAAAUUGUUGCAUAUUUAUGUUUUUGUUUGGUAUAACUAUCGAUCAUUUUAUCCCCCCCACCCAUUACUAAUGCUAAGACUGUAUGCAGUGCAUUCGGAAAUUAUUCAGACCACUUGAUUUUUUCCACAUUUUGUUACGAUACAGCCUUAUUCUAAAAUGGAUUAAAUAAAACAUUUUCCUCAUCAAUCUAAACACAAUACCCCAUAAUGACAAAGCAAAAAUAGGUUUUUAGAAAUGUCUGCAAAUUUAUUAAAAGUAAAAAAGAGAACCGAGAAACUUCCAGAAGGACAACCAUCUCUGCAGUACUCCACCAAUCAGGCCUUAAUGGUGGUGGCCAGACGGAAGCCAUUUCUCAGUAAAAGGCACACGACAGCCGCUUGGAGUUUGCCAAAAGGCACCUAUAGACCUCAGAUCAUGAGAAACAAGAUUCUCUGGUCUGAUGGAACUCUUUGGCCUGAAUGCCAAGUGUCACGUCUGUAGGAAACCUGGCACCAUCCCUACGGUGAAGCAUGGUGGUGGCAGCAUCAUGAUGUGGGGAUGUUUUUAAGUGGCAGGCAUUGGGAGACUAGUCAGGAUCAAGGUAAAGAUGAACGGUGCAAAGUACAGCGAGAUCCUUGAUGAAAACCUGCUCAGGACCUCAGACUGAGGUGAAGGUUCACCUUCCAACAAGACAAUGACCCUAAGCACACAGCCAAGACAAUGCAGGAGUGGCUUCGAGACAAGUCUCAAUGUCUUUGAGUGAACCCGAUCGAACAUCUCUAGAGACCUGAAAAUAGUUGUGCAGCGACGCUCCCCGUCCAAGCUGACGGUGCUUGAGAGGAUCUGCAGAUUAGAAUGGGAGAAGCUUCUCAAAUACAGGUGUGCCAAGCUUGUAGCGUCAUGCCCAAGAAGACUCGAGGCUGUAUUCGCUGUGAAAGGUGCUUCAACAACGUACUGAUUAAUGAGUCUGAAUACUUAUGUAAAUGUGAUGUUUAAAAAAAAAAUGUUUUGUACACACAUUUCUACGCCUGUUUUUGCUUUGUCAUUAUGGGGUAUUGUGUGUAGAUUAAGGGGAAAAAAUAUGAUUUAAUCCAUUUUAGAACAAGGCUGUAAAGUAACAAAAUGUGGGAAAAGCCAAAUGCUGUGCGAAUGCACUGCAUGUUCUUUGUUAAUGACGCUAAGCCUGUAUGUGUGCCCCUCUCCCAGAGGGGGAGCGGAAACCCAAGCCUGCUGUCGCGGGGCCCCAGAGGGACGAGGACUUUGAGGGAGCCCAGUGGAGCUGUGAAGAAUGCACCU